AUGUCUCUUAUCUUGCCUGAAGCAAAACGCAGAAAAAUAGGAUCCAUAGAGUCCAGUGAUAGGAUAGUUGUCACCAAGGUUGGCACGGAGAUCCGACUGAACGGCACCAUGACUCCAUCCCAAACCGUUGAGAAGUCAAACGACGCCAUGGACACCAAAAUUUUGGCUUCCGAAUGUCCAUGUGGAUAUUUGCAUGGUCCUGGUUUCAACCAUUACCACGAUAUAUCAGCUGUGGGCUUCAGUGUGGAUGUUAUGAGAGGUCCGGAAUAG